AGAAAUAAAACACAUCACCUAUACAUACAUUCCGACCUAUAUCUAUCUCAAACCCUAAUAAUUUCCAACUUCACCAACACACAGUAAUUUUACUCUUCAUUCGGCGAUGGAAGAUAACGGUGAAGCCACCGCCUCUACGGUUGCCGGAGCUGAAGACGGCGGUUCCGGCAACAUCAAAGUCAAAGUAUCUUAUGGUUCAAACGACUUCGACGUCCUCAUCUCUCCUCAAUCCACUUUCGCUGAUUUGAAGAACGUGAUUGCUAAAACAACUGGGUUAGAUCCUGAAGUGCAAAACUUGUUAUUCAGAGGAAAGGAAAAAGAUGACCAAGAAGGCUUGGACAUGGCAGGUGUGAAGGACAAUACGAAGGUGAUAGUGAUGGAGAAACCACUUGGUAAAGAAGUGGAUAUUGUAAAGGAUGAAGAAAUAGAGGAAAAAGUUGAAGAGAUAUCUAGAGGGGUUGAGGCUGUUAGUCUAGUAAGGAAGGAGAACGAUGAAUUCGCAGAACAGGUGGCAAGUUUAGAGGCUGUAGUUAGCUCUGGGACACAGGUUGCUGAUAAAGAUUUUGUUUUUUUAACUGAGAUGCUCAUGAGACAGUUGCUGAAAUUGGAUGAAAUUGAUGCUCAAGGAGAGGGGAGAACACAAAGAAAGUUGGAGGUGCGUCGUGUGCAAGCCCUUGUUGAUAAACUGGAUGAUCUUAAGACAGUAAACUCCAAGCUAAGUGUCGAGACCCCUGAAACAGCUUCAAGUGAAUCUUCAUUGCAAUCUUCAAAGAUGUAAGAGCAUUGAGAAAAGACGACUAGACAAGUCAACCUGUGUUUCAGCUGCUAGGCGGGCAAGCAACCGUUUUGAAGACUAGGAAUUUCUGCUUGUAUGCUGUACUAAGUGCUUACGUACUUGUACAUUGGUUAAAGUCAGGAGUUCUUGAUAAGAUGUACAGCCUUAUGAAACCGAGUACUUUGAUUACUGAGGUAAUCAGUUUCUACUUUUUAGUAGUUGGGUAAAGUAAAAUAUUGAUUGCCUGAUUAUUUUGAGGGGGUUAAAGAUUAAAUUUUGAACAAUCAGCUUUUACAGUAAAUUUGGUUUUUAAAGAA